AUGCAGAACUCGCAGGGCUUAUUACCAUCUCAAUUCUGUAUCAGCGCCCUUGGAGCUGACACAACCUCUACAAUUCAACAUCACACCGACCGCAGAGACGAUGCGGGCGAGUCAGAGCAAAACCAGAAUCAGCAAGAUCGCGACGAUGGCGACUCUGACGAAUACGUUCCUGAUGAUAAGAGCGAUACUAGCAGCCCUCACGGAGAGGAGUGUCCUGACACAUUGACCGUGGCGUCGGGCGACGAUGAGCAAGAGGUCACUCAUUUUAUCGACCAACUUCGCGCUGGCAUUGGAAUGAUCUUGGCUGGUCCCCCUGGUCUUGGCAAGACUCUAUCGGCACUUGCCACGAUCGCUGUUUCGACUGCAAAGACCGGAAGCAUCAAAGGUCCUUGUAUCAUCGUCGCUCCUCGUUCGUCUUGCCAACAAUGGAUGGCCGAGAUUGAGACCUUCUUUAAACAUGCGCCUUCCUCUUCAAAACACACUCGCCAAUAUUAUCAAGCCCGCUGCGAAAGCGAGUCCCCUUCCGCUCUCUCACUCCUACAAGACCCCGUCUUGCCCACCAUCUUCAUUAACAUCAUCUUUCAUUCUUACAGAGGGUCACUCAUUCAUCGAAGUAACUCCCUAGGUACUCAUCCUACAAUCGUUACGAUGCCGAUCGGAUUAGGCAUCUACGGCGGUCACCUUCUUGACGAUAGGUGGGAGGGAAACAAAAGCGACAAAGGGAAGAAGCAAACCCCGGAAGAAAAGCUCGUCAACACGGUCGUGGAAAAGAUGAAAGGCAAACUCGAAGAAGAAGCUAAGAAAUUGGCAGCCAAGUCUCCUGCCACAUCCAACAGUAUCAACAUGAAGCCCCUACCUGCAACACCUGCGAACUUGUUUUCUCUAAUGGAUGAGUGGCGAGCCACCCAGUCGCAUCCCAUGAGGAGAGCUGCUUCCUUCUCGUAUGCAGAGCAGCCACCGUACUAUGGACAGCCAUACCCCAGAUCAUCUAGUCGUUUUCGGUAUGAUGAACAGCCCGGUAAGUCUAGAGCCCGUCAAUCCAACCAGGAUUUCUUCUCACAAUGUUUAGAAUACUCUCACGCACCUUACUCCUGGUCAACAAGCGCAUCUCCGUAUUCAGCGGCAUCACCACACGUGCCACCACCCCCAUACACCCAUACAUCCACUUUCAACAACUCCUCAUACCAACCCAGGAUGUCUAGUUCAAUUCCAUACCAGUCCUUCCCAAAUCGACCUCCUUCGCCUUACCAUUCUUACUAUGCACCAUUGGCUACCUCUCGCUAUCCCUCAGAUUUGAAGCACGAGGCUUCUUUCUACACCCCGUCAUACUCCAAGCGUCAUGGGGCGUCGGCCCCUCAGAUUGUUAUAUCCUCAAAGCCCUAUUUGCACUCAAGAUACCCAUCUGGCCACGAAUACCUCCGAACUGAUGUCGGAUUCUACCCAUACAAUCCAGACCCGAACGUCAAUGGACUCGCAUGGCUGUCAAAAAAGGGGUUCGAGACUCAACAGGAUAUCACUGUCAACUUUGAAGACUACGACGGGUUCAUUCGCACCCAUUGCCCUGAUGCUCGACUGUUAGUCCCGUAUCAAGACCUCCCGUGACUAGGUCUGGUGGGACAGAGGAGGAAACCACCAGGAAGACGAUGGAAACCAGUAGGAAAGAGGAGAAGCCUCGUUUAGGCAGCUCGCCGGCGCCGACGGAUGAAAUGAACCAUAUACGGUCUUUUUGUGGUAUUGACACUUGUUGAGUUAGUAUGGGCCUCUUUCAUUAUACCCUAAACGACAGUUCUACAGCAUAUUUUGUCAAUCAUAUCCUAUUCGAAGGCAG